UUUUGCCUCAAAUCAGUGUAACACGCGCAGAAACACAGACAGAAUGGGCUACGACUAUGUAAUGGUCCAUGUUAUCUACAACGUCCCAGUGGCAGUCGGGCUUACCGCUGCCUUCUGGCCCUUCAUGACGCGCCUGGACUGGGCGCGAAUAUUCACCAUGGUCACGAUAGCACUCACAGCCACGAUUCCGUGGGAUUCAUACCUUGUGCGCCGCCGGAUCUGGACCUACCCCCGGGAAGCCGUGACCGGCUACACAUUGUGUUCCAUUCCUCUGGAAGAGGUCUUCUUUUUUGUCAUCCAGACAUACAGCACAGGUAUGCUGUACACCAUACUCACCCGUCAAUUGGUGUUCCCUGCCUUUGUGCGACCAGCAGGUGGGAAAUCCUUCAGCGUGGGAAUCCUGGUCCUGGCUUGGGCUGGUGCCAUAGGUGUCAAAUACCUCCUAGAUGGAGGUCGGUACACCUACAUGGGGUUGAUUCUGGUUUGGGCUUGUCCGUUCUUGCUGGCUCAGUGGGCAAUCGCCGGCCACUUCAUAUUGGCUCUCCCUCGCCGCGAGACUUUUCUGUCAGUAAUGCUCCCAACGAUGUUCCUAUGGACAGUGGACACAUUGCCAAUGCGGCGAGGAACGUGGGUCAUCGAGGAUGACACGAAACUGGGCUGGGAGGUAUGGAGAAAUAUGGAUAUCGAAGAAGCCGUCUUCUUUCUCCUAACGAACGUACUAAUCGUGUUCGGGUUUGCCGCAAUCGACUUUACCAUAGCCCUAACCGAUGGCAAGCUCGCUCAAUCCAAGUCGAGUAUCCACGGCGUUCCUUCCUACGGGCAAAUAUUUCGGAACUUCGUUUUCUCGCCACAGAAACUAGAUCCUGACUUUGUGGCUCGCCUGAGCAAGGCAGUUCGAUGUUUGGCUACCAGUAGUCAGAGUAUGUACAUGGGAAGCAGUAUGUUCCAGGGACCUCUGCGCAUUGAUCUCAUUUUUCUAUAUUAUUUCUGUCGGAUCGCCGACGACCUGAUUGACAACGCUCCAGACCAAAUUACAGCAGUGACAGCCAUCAACAAUUGCAGAACACAGCUAGCCCGUCGGUUCUCACCAGACUGGGAAGAGCAGGGGGAACCUAAGUCUUCGGAACUGAGUGAAGCGAUAGCGGCUCUCCCGGCCUCCCGACUGCGCCUUUCGCCUCUCCAAGGUCUCCUGGAGGGGUUCCGCACCGAUACCAAGUUCGACCGCGAGAGCAGUGGUUUCCCCAUCGACUCCGAAGAGGAUCUAGACCGAUAUGCCUAUCACGUCGCAGGCACCGUGGCCGCCAGCGUGUUGGACCUCGUGUUCCACCACUUCCCCCAUCAUGCGUCGGGGUACCAUGCCACUACGCGGCGAGCGAUGAUUGCAGCCGGCGAGCAAAUGGGCCAAAGCCUUCAGUUGGUCAACAUCGCGCGCGACAUCGAUCGGGACGCGCGGAUCGGCCGGGUCUAUCUUCCCACGGCCUGACUCAAGCACGAGGGCAACACCCCGGCAGACGUCCUGGACAAUCCGGAUAGUGCUCCGGUGGAACGGUUGAGGAGACGCCUCCUCCUCAAGGCACAAAAGCUGCAUGACGAGGCAGUCGGCGCCCUAGCAUUCCUGCCCCCCAUGGUGCAGGGCCCUCUACGGAUCACCAUUGCAAGUUACAUGGCGAUCGGGGCGGUACUUCAGCGCGGGGAUCGCGCGCCUCCGGGUGAGAAACUGCGGCUUCCCUUGUUGCGCCGUGCGGUGAUUGCCUUUCGCGCCAUGUCAACAAGG